UAAAAUAUUAGACAUGUCCCAGGUGUAAACUCACAUGGUUUACGGAUAACGUCAAGUUAGUCGAAAUGGACUUCUCAUCAGGAUCAUCAGGUGGUUUUAAGAAUAAAGACGUUGAAAGUCAACUCAGAGCUGUGCAGAAUGAAAUCAACAUGAAGUUAGCAAUGGAAAAGCUCCAGCUGGCAACAGACAAAUGCUUCAGAAAAUGUGUGAACAAGCCAGGGUCAUCCUUAGACAGCUACCAACAGAAAUGCCUGGCCAACUGUACUGAUCGCUACUUUGAUGCAGAGGAGCUGGUGUCGCGAUCAUUGCUGACCCGCAUGCAGAGUGAGGCUGGAGUCUAACAAAGAAUGGCAUAGAGACUUGAACAGGGACUGUAUACAACUAGGGUUGUGGGGGGGGGGAGGGCAACAGAGACUGGUGUAGAGAAUAAUAGACUGAUGAACACUGGGAAGGCAAAGAAAACAUUCAAAAUGCAGCUUUGCUUGCAGAGUGAAUAGCAUUAUGCAGAUCUGACAUGAGGUUGACAAUCAAGUUUAACAAGAAUACUGUAGAGAGAUACCGGUAGAUUUAUUAUUUUUCAGUCAAGCCAUUUGUUAGUUUUAGAUACAAGCGCAAUGUUUGCACUUGAUGCUGUAUUAAGAUUAGAAUAAGCUGUCCCUUAUUUGUAAAACAAGUAUAGUAAGCCAACAAAAGUGUUUAUUUGUUUAUGUUCCUAAGUUUAUUCAAAGUCAUGAAAAAUAUUUCACAAAGUCUUGCAACUCAGUCAUCAUUUGGAAGAGCCUAAAUUUGACUGUUUUGUGUUUUGAAUGAAUAGUCUAGUGAUGUCUCUAAAUGUGUUACUAGUAUUUGCUUUAUUAUUGAAUGGCAUUUCUAUUAUAAACUUAUUGUGUGUUAUUACAGUUACUCUAACUUGUCGACUGUUAGCAUUGCAUGUUCGAGAAAUAUCUAAACAAUUGUGUAAACAAAUUAGCUUACACUACUGCUGCAACCACCAACGCCACCACCACCACAACCAAUAUUACCACCACCAGCAGCAUUGUUGUCAUUACCAUAAUUACGAUGACCAUCAUCAUCAACAUUAUGAACAAAAAUGUAUGUGGAUAGAGAACAAGACGAAUUUUCAUAAAUGUCAAGGACAAGAAUCUUGUAAAGCCUUUAACAAGUUUUUAAGUGAAUUAAACAACAUGUUUAUUUAUGUAUUUUUAUGCCCCCCCCCCCCCCCUUCGAAGAAGAGGGGGUAUAUUGCUUUGCACAUGUCGGUCGGUCGGUCGGUCGGUCCGUCCACCAGGUGGUUUCCGGAUGAUAACUCAAGAACGCUUGGGCCUAGGAUCAUGAAACUUAAUAGGAACAUUGAUCAUGAUUCGCAGGUGACCCCUAUUGAUUUUGAGGUCACUAGGUCAAGGUCACGGCGACUUGAAAUGGUAAAAUGGUUUUCGGAUGAUAACUCAAGAACGCAUAUGCGGCCAACAGGGAGAACUCUGAACAAUAUAACUGAAGCAACUGGUCUGUAAUCCUAAAUCUAUAAUUAUCAGUCCAAUGAAACAUCAUCAUUUGAGUAAAAUAAAGUGGAUCAGUAAAAAUAUUAUCAGAAUAUGAGAUUUUUUUGUAUAUUUUGUAUAUUUAAUAUUGUGUUAAUGUUAAAUUUUGUUGAUUAAUAUAACUAUAAGCAGGACAGGGGAGGUAAUACACUAUUAUAUCUUUCUUAUAUACAGGGGAAACAAAUGUAAUAAGUUAAAAUUUCAUGUUUAAUAAAUAGAGGAUAUUUGUUCAUAUCAGUUUGA